UUUGUCUUUUGUUUUAGGAUUUGAGUUGAUGCACGUGGACGAGUUCAUGGAUGAGCUUCUUCAUGCAGAGAGGAUGUGUGACAUCAUUCUGCCCCGCCUCCAGAAAAGACACGUCCUUGAGGAGGCUGAGAUGUUAGAUCCACGUAUCAGCGCUCUGGAGGAAGAUCUGGAUGAGGUGGAGAGCAGUGAUGAAGAGGAUGAGGAAGAAGAGAAGCCGGAGCGACUCCAAACCCCAGAGCCCCACAGACGCCGUGACGGUUACCGUGACAACGACCGGCCUCGCCGUUCUCCGUCGCCUCGUUACAGACGCAGCCGCUCACCCAGACGGAGGAGCAGAUCUCCAAAGAGACGAAGCCCGUCACCCAGAAGAGAGCGCCACCGCAGCAAGAGCCCCCGCCGCCACCGCAGCCGGUCCAGAGACAGACGCCACCGCUCCAAAUCUCCAGGUCACCACAGAAGCCACAGACAUCGCAGCCACUCAAAGUCCCCCGAGAGGAGUUCAAAAAAGAGUCACAAGAAGAGUCGAAGAGGAAACGAUUGAUCUGUUUCCUCCUUUUUAUUUUGCCUGUGAUCUGUUGGUGAACUUGCCUCUAAAUCUUUUGAAAUUCAAUGAUGUUUUUUAAUUUUGUUUUAUUUUUCAAGUAAUUUCCACUUUAGGUCUUGGACCACUGACCUCUCUGAGAUUAACAAUGCAAAGCCCUCUGGUUUCAGCAGUGUGAAUGCAUCUGUUUCCAAUCACUCACCCCAUCGGCAGCCUUUCUGCCUCGAUCUUUUGGUUCCAACCAUUUGAGAGGAUUCAAUCUGAUUUAAAAGUACUCUCUAUUGUCAUAAAGUUCUGGCCUUCAUUGAUCUCUUUGGAUCUGUGUAAAAGUAGAAAAAUAUGUUUCUGUAUGUUAAGAUGGAACUUCACCCUCUGACGUGACAUUUGUCAUAAAAUAAAGACCGUAAUUCUU